AUGGCAAUUGUAAUCGAAGACUUCUUCAAGGAGAGGAAAUACCCUUUCAUUUUCACUCUUUUAAUAUUGCUCAUUUGCGUCACGCUCUUCCUUUUCAGUUUCUCCAACACCACCUCAAACCCUGUUGCUUUCUAUUCUGUUAUCCAACACCAAGCCCCCCCUCUUCAUGCUUCAAAACCCAAAGAGCAAGAGCUACCUCCAAACGUAACCAAUGUCACAGCUGAAGAAGACCAAGGUUUGCCCCAAGAGGAGCAUGCUGUGAGCAUCGAUUGGAAGCUGUGUGAGGACCCGCAGACUGUUGAUUUUAUUCCCUGUUUGGAUAAUUCUAAGGCCAUUAAGGCUCUUAAGUCGAGGAGGCACAUGGAGCACAGGGAAAGGCAUUGCCCUGAGACUAAUCUUCGCUGCUUGUUGCCUCUUCCCAAAGGGUAUAAAGUCCCCGUUCCGUGGCCUAAGAGCAGAGAUAAGAUUUGGUAUAAUAACGUCCCGUAUCCAAAGCUGGUGGAGUACAAGAAAGACCAACACUGGGUAGUAAAGUCUGGGGAAUAUCUAGUUUUUCCAGGUGGUGGUACUCAAUUCAAAGAUGGAGUUGAUCAUUAUAUUGGUUUCAUACAAAAGACAUUACCAGCAAUUAAAUGGGGAAAGCAUACCAGGGUUGUUCUAGAUGUUGGCUGUGGUGUAGCUAGCUUUGGUGGCUAUUUGCUGGACAAAAAUGUUAUUACCAUGUCAUUUGCCCCAAAGGAUGAACAUGAAGCUCAGAUACAGUUUGCUUUGGAACGAGGAAUUCCUGCAACUCUUUCUGUCAUUGGAACACAAAAGUUGACUUUUCCUGAUAAUGGAUAUGAUUUGAUACAUUGUGCACGAUGUAGGGUUCAUUGGGAUGCAGAUGGUGGGAAGCCCUUAUUUGAGCUCAAUAGGAUUCUUAGACCUGGUGGUUUCUUUGCAUGGUCUGCAACACCAGUUUACCGUGAUGAUGAAAGAGAUCAGAAAGUAUGGAAUGCCAUGGUGGAUAUAACAAAAGCCAUGUGCUGGAAGGUUGUGGCUAAGGCUCAAGAUUCAUCUGGAAUUGGACUUGUUAUAUAUCAGAAGCCUACCUCAUCUUCUUGCUAUGAGAAACGUAAAGAGAACUAUCCACCUUUAUGUGAAAAUGAAGAUGGGAAGAAUAGCUCAUGGUAUACCAGGCUCAAUAGUUGCCUUACUCCUCUUCCGGUUGAUGAUAAGGGUAACCUGCAGAGCUGGCCUAAGCCGUGGCCCCAGAGGCUUACCAGUAAGCCACCAAGCUUACCUACUGAUUCAGUUUCCAGGGACAAGUUCUUGAAGGACAGCAAACACUGGUCUGAACUAGUUUCAGAUGUUUAUUUAAAAGGUCUUCCUAUAAAUUGGUCAAGUGUUCGAAAUGUAAUGGACAUGAAUGCUGGUUAUGCAGGAUUUGCAGCAGCUCUCAUUGAUCUACCAGUCUGGGUGAUGAAUGUAGUACCUAUUGAUGUGCCUGAUACUCUUAGUAUUAUAAUGGACAGAGGGUUAAUAGGAAUGUAUCAUGAUUGGUGCGAGUCCUUUAGUACCUAUCCUCGCACAUACGAUCUUCUUCAUUCUAGCUUUCUUUUCAAAUAUAUUGAGCAAAGAUGUGACAUUUUAGAUGUGGCUGUGGAGUUUGAUCGCAUAGUGAGACCAAAUGGAUAUCUCGUGGUUCACGAUUCUCUUGAGAUGCUUAACAAGCUCAAUCCAAUCUUGCGUUCACUUCACUGGUCUGUAACAUUGCAUCAAGAUCAGUUUCUUGUAGGUAGGAAGGGUUUCUGGCGACCUACGAGCUCUUGA